AUGGUCUCGUGCAUCGCAAAUUUUCGAUCUGUUGCCGGUGCUCGGCGUUGCUUCGGUGCAGCUGCCCGGCUUUCCGAGAUUGCCCCCUCCGUGUGGCGCGUGGGAGAAGGCCGACCCAGGGUGGUGGUGCUGGGCGGCGUGCACGGGAAUGAGCUAAGCGGUGUGGAGGUGGUGCAGCGACUGGUCUCGGAGAUGUGCAACAAACCGGAGCAAGUCCAGGGGGAGAUCACUCUCGCUAUCGGCAAUCCUCCGGCGGUGAGCCGGGGGGUUCGGUUUGUCCACCAGGAUCUCAACCGCUGCUUCCAGGAGGUUGGUGGAGAUCCAGCCAUGCCACUGGGCAUGGAGCAUGAGCAGUCCCGUGCCAAGGUACUGAUGCCGUUGCUGAGAGGCUUGGACGUGUUGCUGGACUUGCAUGCGACCAACAAGCCGUCCAAGCCCUUUGCGCGGCUUCCAGGGCUUUCCUGCGGGCGCUGCCAGCCUCCUGCCGUACGAUCUUGUGGGAUCCAGACACAUUGA